AUGGAUACUGAACAGUUCACGCCGGCGCAACUGUCCUUCUUUUCCAUCUAUAGCCCGCCGCUAGGACCGACCGACGAGACAUUCGGCGACCAGGUUGUCUUUUACUAUUCGCGAUCAGCCAGGGAUGGACGAACGAAAGCCAAAGCAACGGCCGACGAGGAGCGACUGAGUGAGAAUGAGAAGCUACGACAGAUUGGCCUUGCCCAAGGCAUGGCCGGCUUUGCCAGGAACUUUUCCGAUGGUGAGCCCAUCGAGGCCGUCGAGACCGAGAAGUCGCGUAUCCUGAUGCACGAGCUGGAGAAGGACUGGUGGGUCCUGGCCUCCAUCGACCUCACACGUCUCCCGUCUUCCAACAAAGACCGGGAAUUCGAAUACUCGUCACGCGAAGUCAGCCCGGCUCCACUCCUCCUACAACAAGUCUUGACUGCCUAUCGCGUCUUCACACUACACCAUGGCCCCUCGCUCAGCGACAUGUACGUCAAGCUCCCAAGAGACAAAUUUUCGGCCCUCCUUGAUCGCUUCUGGACCCGCUUCUGUCGCAAUUGGGACGUCUUGCUACAUGGCAACCCCGCCAUCGACAUCUUUGGAGGCUUGAAGCUUGCAGCAGGAGGCGAACUGGGCUAUGGUGUGGGUGAGGAAGAUUGGGGCAGUGGAGACAGAGAAGUGCUUGAAGAUCUGGUACAUCGUACCGAAGGCCUGGUCGACUUACUUGUCCACCGUUUCGGUGAAGCUGCACCUCCUGAGGACGACUACGCCAACGAUGAUCCAUCCCAGAUCACUCUACACGAUGCUCGACAGGGUCUUCCUUGGCUAGGUUGUGGCAAUGAGCCCCAGGCUCCAGAUGGCCUGAUCUUCAGUGGUGUGGGUGCAAUUACCCGCUCCUCUGUUCGUGACAUUUCUACUUGGGUCCGCGACAUCUAUGCCUAUGGAGAGCACGCUUAUGGCGUCAAGGAUAAUCCACAUCGACAACGUCGUAAGAGACGCAGACGGAUUCCACCUCCUAUCGUCAGCGCUGUCGAAGCUUCGCUUGACCGAGCCAGCGCUUCCGCUGAUUCUCGUGCUCCCAAUCAACCCCAACCCUCGUCUGAACAGACUUCUUCCUGGAAUCUCGGAAGCUCCGACAAAUGGGUCAAAUAUCUCACUUUUGGUCUGGCAUCAGGUGGGAAACGCUCAGAUUCGCCAAAGCGACCAGAUGGUCCUCGUCCAAUGAACGCUCUACAACGUCAACGACAACGAGAAAACAACGGACACUUCCUCGUCGGCUACCACGGUGAUCUCGACCGUAAACCAGCAGAAAACAACGACGACAACGACAGCGACACCACAAUCAACGACUCUGAAAUCCCCGAAGCAGAACGAAACACUUUACGCACCGUAAAAGUCGAACUCGCCGAAAAAAGCGAGUCUCAAAAUGACGACAUGGACUCUAGAGACAGCUUUGUCAACAGAGAUGUUUCGUCGCGGUUAAGGGUUCUGGUGUAUGUACAUCGCCCUUUUGUGUAUGUGUUUUUGUUUGAGCAGAGGACGCCUUCGCUCAGCAUAACUGGCUUUUACCGCGAAUUGCACAAACAUCUGAGGCCACUCCACAAAUCCCUGCUUAACAGUACUUCGACGCAAAAAGUGGCGCAGAGGAUAGCAGCAGCACAUACCUCCCCUCCCGAACCCUUAUCCAUAAACCCACUAAACCCUCCUUACGCACCACCCCGCAACAGUCCGGUUUUCGAUCUCGUCUACGAUCCUGUAAACCUCACUUGCCAUACCUCCCUCCCGAAUAUUCCGGAACCGGGACAAGUUAUGCCGUAUGAGGGAAGUAUAGGAACUACGAGUUCAGGACGAGACGCACCUCCCCAAUGGACACGUUUGGAGGCGCUAAACGUACACAGUCAUAUUCUGUUUACGCUUGAACACUCCUCGCGCCACUCCAAUGAAACAGAACGCACGUCUAAGACGUCGCGGCAUUGGUGGGUUGUAUGGCUGCGUAUCCCUCAACCGGGUGAAAACGAUGGAAAACACCCAAGGCCUGAACACUGCAGAACUGCUUUCCUAGUUCGCAAAGCUAGGGAUCAUGUUGUUGAAGUACAGCGGAGCAGAGGCUUAGGCGGUGCCAAGGGGAUGGCGAGUAGGGUUAGUAGUGGCAUGUAUAAUCUUGUGGGUGCUAGAGCUGGUGGCGUGGAAACUGAGGAUGGGAACGAGGGUAAAGGAUGGGGAAGUGCUGCGGCACUGGCGGGAGGCAUUGGUAUCGAUGCGAGGAAGUAUGUUGAGAAUCUGUUGAGCUUGAAUCGGUAA